CUAGAUCACUUCGAAAUUUUAUAACAAGAUUAAAAAAAUACAGCAACCUCAAAACAAAACUAUUGAAAAAAAUUAUUCGUUACAAACCCCAUGCCAAACACUAAGGGGUCGUUUUUGGAUGGGGAAAUGUGGCAAGAUUGUGGUGCAGGAUUUUAAAACAAUCCCACACAAUGAGAGAUUUUAACCAAAGAAUACAUUUGGAAAGAGUCGGGAUUCUAAUAAUUAGAGAUUUUAAAAACCCACACAUGUGGGAUUUCAAAAUAGCUAAUGUGGUUGGCUAUUUUGAAACCCCUCAAAUUUUUUUUUUUGUUUUGUUCCAAACUUAGCCUUCUUCCAUCCUUCACUCACCAUUUUGUCUUCAUCACCCAUCCUGGUCGGCUACCCAACCUCGCCCGGAGCACCUUUACCCUCGCUCGCCGAUGGCACAACCUCGCUGGCGGCCCAACCUCUCACUAGGAGCUGUUGUGUUCUUCCUCCGACAUCGCAUCUUCACUCACUCUCUUCGCCUUCUUCACCCAUUUUCAUUGGCGGGCCAACUCGCCGGGAGCAACUUUGCCCACCCUCCGACAUCGCGUGUUCUCGUUGUCGUCGCCAUCCCGCUGCGCCUAAGCACUCUCUCGCUGUGGUCGUCUGUUCCUGAAUCCAAACAUCUAUGUUUUCAUUCUAGAUCUAGGAUUUUGGAUCUUAAUUGAAUAUAUAAAGUCCAUAUUGAUGGCCAUAAGAAAUCAAAGUUCAGUUGACUGCGGAGGAUUCACUUUUGGCUUUGGUGGAUUGGAUGGGGUCACGACACAUAGGAAUAGGAUUUGAUUUUGUGGUUCUUUGGAGAAAGAAGAAGAGGUCGAAGGACAGCAGGAGGUAGGUCUGGGUGGGAUCGACGACAGAGGAGGCAAAGGGGCAAAAUUCUGGGUUUGUUUCUUGCCCAUUCCGAUCACAGAUCCAUCUGUCGGUUACAAGCGGGGAUAUCGAUGGUCUCUCGAGAAAGGAGUUGAAGAAUGAUAGGGAGGAAGAACAAAUAGGGAUGCUCUACAGAAAGGAGUCGAAGAACAAACAGGGAGUUCUACUUGCGACCGAGAACAAGAUGAACAAAAAGGGCAAAAUAUAAAUUUGACUUUUUCAU